AUGAUGUGCGAGGUGAUGCCGACCAUCAACGAGGGAGACUCGGCUGGUCCUCCCAGAGGGACCGGUGGCGUCCCGAACGGCUCCGACCAGGAGGGCAACUUCGAGCAGCUGAUGGUCAACAUGCUGGACGAGAGGGACAAGCUCCUGGAGUCCCUCAGGGAGACUCAGGAGACCCUGAUUCAGUCUCAGACCAAGCUGCAGGGGGCGCUGCAUGAGAGGGACGUGCUCCAGAGGCAGAUCAACGCUGCCCUGCCUCAGGAGUUUGCCACCCUGACGAAGGAGCUGAACAUAUGCCGGGAGCAGCUGCUGGAGAAAGAGGAGGAAAUAUCAGAGCUGAAAGCCGAAAGAAACAACACCAGACUGCUGUUGGAGCACCUGGAGUGUCUGGUGUCUCGUCACGAACGCAGUCUGAGGAUGACAGUGGUGAAGAGACAGGCACCCCCACCAUCUGGAGUCUCCAGUGAGGUGGAGGUCCUCAAAGCCCUGAAGUCGCUGUUUGAACACCACAAGGCUCUGGAUGAAAAGGUACGUGAGAGGCUUCGUGUGGCUCUGGAGAGGGUGUCCACCCUGGAGGGACAGCUAGCAGCUAACACACAAGAGUUGAACAUGGUGAGACAAAGGAAGGAUGGUGACUCAGUGGAGCGAACAGAUGGAUCUAAACCUACAUGGAAGAGACUGCCCAACGGCUCCAUAGAUGCCCACGAUGAUGGCAGCCGGGUGUCCGAGCUUCAGGAGCUGCUGGAUCGGACCAAUAAGGAGCUGGUCCAGAGCCGUGAGCACUCUGCCACUCUCAACGACCGCCUGGCCGACCUCGAGGCAGAGCUUGCAAAUGCACGCAGAGAACUGAGCCGCAGCGAGGAGCUGUCAAUCAAACAACAGCGGGAACAGAGAGAGGUGAGAGCACAGAGAGAGGAUAUGGAGGAGAGGAUAACAACGUUAGAGAAACGCUACCUGGCUGCUCAGCGGGAGACCACACACAUCCACGACCUCAACGACAAACUGGAGAAUGAAUUGGCCACCAAGGACUCGCUGCACCGACAGAGCGAGGAGAAGGUGCGCCAGCUGCAGGAUAUGCUGGAGAUGGCAGAGCAGAGGCUUGCUCAGACCAUGAGGAAGGCUGAAACACUGCCAGAGGUGGAAGCUGAACUGGCACAGAGAGUAGCCGCACUUUCCAAGGCUGAGGAGCGCCAUGGCAACGUGGAGGAGCGGCUCCGACAGCUGGAGUCACAACUGGAGGAGAAGAACCAAGAGCUAGGAAGGGCUCGUCAGAGAGAGAAAAUGAAUGAGGAGCACAACAAGCGUUUGUCAGACACCGUGGAUCGUCUGCUCACUGAGUCCAAUGAGAGACUGCAGCUCCAUUUGAAGGAACGCAUGGCUGCCCUGGAGGAUAAGAACUCCCUCAUUCAGGACCUCGAGAACUGCCAGAAACAGCUUGAAGAAUUCCACCACACCAGGGAAAGGCUGAUUGGAGAGAUUGAGAAGUUGAGAAACGAGAUCGACCACUUGAAACGUCGCAGUGGUGUGUUUGGAGAUGGAACUCACCCUCGGUCGCACCUGGGCAGCGCCAGCGACCUUCGCUUCUCCGUGGUGGAGGGCCAAGAUGGCCACUACAGCACAACUGUGAUCAGGCGGGCACAGAAGGGCAGAAUGUCAGCGCUACGAGACGACCCCAACAAGGUGUGCGCUGUGUUUGAACAGGACUACCCGUCUCUGCGUGGAAGCGUCAGCCACCUCCUCGGCAGCGACAUCGAGGCAGAGUCAGACCUGGAUGAUGACGUGAGCUCGACCCUUCUCUCCCCCAGCGGCCAAUCUGAUGCUCAGACUCUCGCUCUAAUGCUGCAGGAGCAACUCGACGCCAUCAAUGAAGAGAUAAGGAUGAUCCAGGUGGAGAGAGAGUCAGCAGACCUCCGCUCUGACGAGAUUGAGUCUCGCGUGAACAGCGGCAGCAUGGACGGACUCAACGUGACUCUUCGACCCCGGGCGCUGCCCAACUCCGCCACUGCCCAGUCCCUGGCAUCAUCAUCUUCCCCACCCACCAGUGGCCACUCCACACCUAAACACCACUCACGCAACGCCAGCCACCAUCUAGGCAUCAUGACUCUGCCAAGUGACUUGAGGAAACAUCGCAGGAAAGUAGCAUCUCCGGUGGAAGUGGACAAGGCUACGAUCAAGUGUGAAACAUCGCCUCCCUCGUCCCCCCGCAGUUUACGGCUAGAAACCAAUUUCGCGCAGUUCACAGGCAGUCUAGAGGACGGCCGAGGUAAGCAGAAGAAAGGCAUCAAGUCAUCUAUUGGCCGAUUGUUUGGGAAGAAGGAGAAGGGUCGGUUGGAGCAGACUAGGAACAAAUAAACACCAUUUUGCUGUUUUCCAGACUUUGAGAUGGGCAUUGGUGACACUAUGACUCUGGGAAAACUGGGCACACAGGCUGAGAGGGACCGCAGGAUGAAGAAAAAACACGAGCUUUUGGAAGACGCCAGGAAAAGAGGCCUGCCUUUUGCCCAUUGGGACGGCCCAACUGUUGUUUCGUGGCUAGAGUUGUGGGUGGGUAUGCCAGCGUGGUACGUGGCAGCCUGUCGUGCCAACGUGAAGAGCGGAGCCAUCAUGUCGGCUCUGUCGGACACGGAGAUUCAGAGGGAGAUCGGCAUCAGCAACCCUCUGCACCGACUCAAACUCCGCUUGGCCAUCCAGGAGAUGGUGUCCCUCACCAGCCCGUCUGCACCACUUACCUCCAGAACGUGCCACAUAUAGCUACAAACUCUGGCGUAUGGCGACAUGAAUCAUGAGUGGAUAGGGAACGAGUGGCUGCCCAGCCUCGGCCUGCCUCAGUACCGCUCAUACUUCAUGGAAUGUCUGGUGGACGCACGCAUGCUGGACCACCUGACCAAGAAGGACCUGAGGAGCCACCUCAAGAUGGUGGACAGCUUCCAUAGGGCUAGUCUGCAGUAUGGGAUUAUGUGCUUGAAGAGACUCAAUUAUGACAGGAAAGACCUGGAGCGCCGGAGAGAGGACAGCCAACACGACAUGAAAGAUGUGUUGGUGUGGACCAAUGAGCAGGUGAUCCACUGGGUCCUAUCCAUUGGCUUGAGGGAGUAUAGCGGCAACCUGCUGGAGAGCGGCGUCCACGGGUCGCUCAUCUCUCUGGACGAGACCUUCGACUACAGCAGCCUGGCGCUCAUCCUGCAGAUCCCUAUGCAGAACACACAGGCCCGGCAAGUCCUGGAGAGGGAGUUCAACAACAUUUUAGCCUUGGGGACCGACCGUCGACUAGAGGAGAGUGGGGAUGACAAGUCUUUUCGACGCUCUCCAUCGUGGCGCAAGCGGUUUCGGGCACGCGAGGGAGGGGUGGGGCUCGGCAUGAUGGCGGGCUCCAUGGAAACGCUGCCUGCCGGCUUCCGCAUGCCCUCCAUGUCCAUGCCGCCCUCUGUGAAUUUGAUGCCCAAGAAGCAGCUCCAGCCUGAAGCUCCUUCCCCGGCGUCCCCGAGACUCGAUCCCUCGGCCGUGCGGACCUACUCAUGCUAACUUCUCUCUGCUUACUAACGGGAGCGCUAAUGCUAACAGUGCAUUCUCAUUACCUAUACGGACACAUGCUUGCGGCCUUUUGAGAG